CCACCACCGUUGCGAAAGUCCGUGAGCCGCCACCAGAUGGCGUUAUCCGUUUGGAGGACAUAAGCUGGACCAUUUCCCUUCUGUACACACGUAAUAGCGCCAUAUUCCUCGUCGAAAAGUGGAAAAGAUCCAAGCUCAUAAAACAGAUUCGUCGCCAUUUGAUAUAUUCUAUUUUCGAAAAUAUCCAACGAAUAACAGGAAACUGCAGAUUAGUUUUGGUGGAUAAGCUACAAAACAUAAGAUAUUUCUUAAUGAUGGAAUGAGAAAAUUUUAAAGGAGAGUGACAUCAUGAACUGCUAAAUGUAAGAGUGAUUCCUUCUGAUAAGGAGUCCAGAAUGAAAGUUAGUAAAUUAUCAACACAAGCAACAGAUUUAGAAAACAAUAUUUUUAAGCUCUCAAAGUGUAAUAAAUUAUCAAAAACAAAAUCUACAGAUAAAACUCGUAACAUAAAAAAGACAAAUAUAUUAAAAAGCUUAGAUUGUGUAAAAGCCAUUAAGAAAUCUAAAAAGGAAAAUAUCAAAUGUGUUGUGACAACAGGAAAGAAAAGAAAGUGUUCAGAAACAAAUGAACAUAAUUCUAAAUCUAAAGAGUGUAAGAGAUUUGCAAACAAUGUUAAUUAUUCAAUAAAGGAAAAUAUUAAAAAACAGUUUAAUGAUACAGACAAGUUAAAACUUCAUAACUAUUCAAAAUCUGCAAAAGAAUGCAAAUAUCAAGAAAAUUCAAAGAAAAAAGCAAAAUUAAAACAACAAAUUUUAAAUGUUAAAAACAGUAAAUUUAAAAAGCAACAUCAUUCUAAUGUUACUAAUGAGAAGAAACAAAAAUCUCAUUCAAAAGGUUUAAAAGAAAAGAAAGGAAAAUUAAGCAAGCACAAAGAUCAUAAUUUGAAAUUGAACAAAAAAUCAAAAAUGAAAAGAAAUCAUUUAAAGGAGUCUAAACAAAGUUGUUUGAAUAUUCAAAAUAAAAUUUCAAAUAAAUCACUUUAUGAACAAUUAAGUAAAAUGAAACUUUCAAGUGGCAGUUCCUCAGAUAAAGAUGUACCUAUUAAAAAGAAAAAAGAAGUUAUAUGUAAUGGAUCAUUAUAUAGUCCUGUUAAGAAAACUUAUAAAGAAAAACAACAAAAUUUUAUUCCAAACAAAAAAUUAAAGUGUAGAACUUUUGAAGAAAAUAUACCACCUCAAGAAAAUUUGUCUAGUGUUUCUUCAACCAAGACUACGCCAACUUCGACAUCUCGUUGUCACCGUGUGGCUAGUUUAAAUGCAAUAGCAAAAGUGCAUAUAUUAUUUGAGAAUGAAUUCAGAAACUCUAGUAACAAUGAAAAAAAGGAAGAUACAAAAAGAAAACUUUCUACCUCAUUUUUAAAACAUAAUGUUGCAGCACCUAAACAAGAAUUAGAUAAAAAAGCAGGAAAAGAAAUUAAAACAAAAGUACAUGGAAAGAAAAAUGCACAGCAAACCAAAAAUAUGAAUAUUGUUUCAACAGAUAAAGGAGAAGAAUUAAAUAAAGAAAAGUCAGAAGAAAAUGAUUUGAAUGGCACACGAAGGAGUAAAAGAAUGGCAAGUAUGAAUGCACAAGCAAUAUUAGCUGUUACAUGUUCUUUAAGACCAAGAAGAAAAAGUAAUAAAGUGGCUAUACCAGAACAUAUUUCCGUUUCAAGUACAGAAAGUGACAUGACUGAAAUACAAGUAAAAUGGUCAUCAGAAAAAGUACACCAAGAAGUGAAUAAUAAAUCAAAUUCUUCCACAUCAUAUCAUCAAAGUAAAGUAGUUAUUAUGGGUGUUAGAAGCACUAGAACACUCAAAGCAGAUCAAUUGAAUAACCAUUUAAAAGAUAUGAAAAAAAGCAAAUCUAAAUUAGGAAAGAAAAAGCCUGUCAGAAAAGAUGACGACAACUUAGUACAAAAUAACUUAUGUAGUUAUCAUGCAGUUGCAUCUAAUAACAACAUGGCAGUUAGCAGAUUGGGUCUUACCAAAUAUACAAAAGUUACUAAAGUGCACAUAAAUACUAAAGGAAUGGACUUGAAAUCUCCAGAAGAUUCAAACCUUCAUGAAAUAGAACAAGGAGAAAUGGCUGUUAUGAGCACUUAUCGUUAUCAGACAAAAGACAGUUGCUAUCACCACUGGCGAACCAUGUUUAGCAAACCAGUGCCUGGUCAGCUAUCUAACCAGACAGAUGCUGACUGUAGUGGAUGUUAUUUAACUAAUCCAACACAUACAUAUUCAUAUCCAGCAAAUUCUGGUUCAUUAUCCAUUCCAGGUGUUGGUGCAGAUGAAGCAAGAGAUUGUUGCAUAAAUGGUUGUGAUCCAACUUCUUCAGUGCCAUGUAAUGUGGAUAGAUGUAACUGUCAACAAAAUGAUCCCUAUUUCCAACGAAUAAUUGAUCCCUUCUGUAAUAAUAAAUCUGUUUAUCCUGCACAGCCAUCUUGUCUUACUCUUCAGCAACAGAACUCAAAUUUAACUUGUUGUUCAGGAGAACAAAGUGUACCACAGGAAACUCAUCAUGCUAGCACAUGUACGAGACAGGAAAGACUUUGUUCUGUAGACCAAUGUCAUCAACAAUUAUCUAAUUUUCAGACACAUUAUACAGAUGCAUCAAAUCCAAAUAAUCAGUCUUGCCAACAGACAUAUCCAAAUAGAUAUUCAUACAAUGUCCAUUGUCAUCGAGCCUGCCAACUGCAUAAAUUUUCAUUUCCGUGUCAUGGCUGUACAACCCCAAACCAUAUCCAUAGGUCUCAUUUACACUCCUGUUUGAAUUACCAAAAAGCACUUUCGUCUCAUAGCCAAGAUAUAUGUCCUCCUGCACCUCAUUCUCCUAAUCCACCACUUGCAGCUCCGACUUCAGAUUCGGCAGCUUCUCUAGCAGCAAAAGUACCAAGACCGGAAUUAUUAAUGCCACAGGAAGCAAACCUUCCAACCGAAGGAAAGCUUUCAAUCGAAGAUGGAAGUUAUAAAUAUUGUUUAGUUUGUGAAAAUGACAGAAAUAUAAAAUGUGUGCCUUCAAGUAGAUCAAGCCUUUUGAAUCAGGAUUCUCUAAAUAAUUCUGAAUCAUUAUACUUUAAUUCUACAACAGCAGAUAAACAACGAUUGAGAUCAAUAGUUGAAGAUAUUCAAUUAUCACAGAGUGGGAAAAUAAAUAAUUGUAAAUUUACAAAUGAAAAAGUAAAUAAGAAGCAUCAACUUGAAAAUAAACAUCCAUCCCGAAAAUCUUUCAAAUUUCUGAAAUUGAAUCAAAAAUGGAGGCGAUCCGAAAGCCCAGAAGAUGAUAUUCCAUUGUGCAAUUUGAACAAGCAGCAAGUGUCAACAGGCUUCUCGCAGUUGGAUAAUGGCACGGUUAAUGAAGAUUUACAAAAAUCUACAAAAAGGCAUAGAAAACAAACAUUAUCUAAAUUUUCAAAUCAUAAAAAGCUGUGCAACAAAGAUUCAGAUAGUACAUGUGUUAAAUUAAAGAAAUUAGAAGAAAUUAUACCAAAGUUAACAUUACACUCUUCCAUUCCUAGAAGAAUUGGAAAAACAAAAUAUUCAAAUGGAUGGUCGUGGGAAGGCGAACCUUUUGAAAAACUAGUCUUGUUAAAUAACGAUGAUAUACCCCGUCUCAGGAAAUGUUAUUCUGCAAUGCGUCAUGUAGAAGGUGAUGUUAUAAGAGUUCGGGAUUGUGUGUUACUAAAGUCUGGACCUCGCAAAGCUGAUCUGCCUUAUAUAUUUCUUAAUGAUGGAAUGAGAAAAUUUUAA